UACAUUGUUCCGUGAUCUGUAUGACCCGUCGGAUCCUCUCUCAAGCACGCAUAUUUACCCGCAUGUCUGCACUCUCUAUACAGAGCCCAAAAGCGAGCGAAAGGCGUUCAUCUCCUUCCUUAAUUCCCGCAUCAAAAAAAGAAAACCCCCCCACUAAAAAAAAAGUGCACCGAAAAAUAAAUAAAUCAGAAACCCUAACCCUAGCUCCGUACGAUGAAGAAGAGAGCUUCCUUCGGUUUCUUCGCGAUCGCCAUGGCUUUCCUCUUCUUCCUCUCGAUGAAGAUCCAGUUGGAUCACACCGAGAGGGACGAGUGGAAGAGCGAGGUAUGGGGACUGCCACGUGGCAUUGUGGAGUCGGAGUCGGACUUGGAGUUGAAGCCCCUUUGGGAGGGCUCGAGGUCUAAAGAUAAGAAAGAAAAUUUCACUGCGUUGUUGGCAAUGGCUGUUGGUGUUUCUCAGAAGCAGAAUGUCGAUCUUAUAGUUACUCAGUUUCUUCUAGCAAAGUGCUCAGUUAUAGUAUUUCAUUAUGACGGGAACGUGGAUGAAUGGCGUGAUCUCGAGUGGAACGAUAGAGCAAUACACAUACUAGCUCAUAACCAGACAAAGUGGUGGUUUGCAAAACGAUUUUUGCAUCCAGAUGUGGUAUCUGUUUACGACUAUAUCUUUUUGUGGGAUGAAGACUUAGGAGUGGAGAAUUUUCAUCCUGGAAGGUAUAUGCAGCUAAUGCUUUCUGAAGAAUUAGAGAUUUCACAGCCUGCUUUGGAUCCGGAGCUAUCAUCUGAUAUUCAUCACCGCAUUACAGUUCGAGAUAGGAAGACAAAGGUCCAUAGGCGAGUUUAUGAUUAUCGUGGAAGCCUGAACUGCUCUGAUGAAAGCACAGGACCUCCGUGUACUGGAUGGGUUGAAGGAAUGGCACCUGUGUUCUCUCGAGCUGCAUGGCGAUGUGUUUGGCAUCUUAUCCAGAAUGACUUGAUUCAUGGAUGGGGUUUGGAUAUGAAGCUUGGAUAUUGUGCUCAGGGUGAUCGAACGAAGAAGGUUGGAGUGAUUGACACCGAAUACGUUGUUCACUUAGGAAUACCAUCCUUGGGAGGGGCAUCUGCUACUAAGGCGCCAGGCUAUAAAACAUUGGAUUUAAGAACUCAUAUCAGAAGGCAGUCAACUGCGGAGCUGAAAAAAUUCAGGACACGCUGGAAUCGUGCUGAGAGUGAAGACGAACAAUGGGCUCGACGUUUUGGAACUCUCACAAGUGGAAAAGGAUGAAGGCAUGAAGGAAUCACAGGAAUAUUUCAAAUUUCUAAACUAAAAUAUUAUCCUGGGCUUAGUGAUUAACACUUGCAGUUGCUCAUUGGUAGUGAUCCUAUUUUAUGCCAAUUAGUCAAGUGGGCCUGGGCCUGAAUUCAUAUACCAAUUGCAAUGCCAAAAGAUCACAGAAGGCUGGAGAUUAGCAUGAAACAGAGCCUAAAUCAAAUAAAUUCAUGAUUGUCUUAUAUUCAUUUUACCUCAUGUUACGAUCUCUUAGUUUGAGUUGUAAAGAAGUUAUUCUUGUUUCUAA